GCCGAAAAUGGCCGACAGCUUGAAGCAGGAGAAAAUCGCUGCUGCCAAGAAGAGGUUAAAACAGUUCCAGCAAAAAUCGGGACGUUCACCAAGUAAUUCCUCAACACAACCAUCGAAAACAUCUGUGUCAAGAAAUAAUACCAAGAAAGACAGCAGCAGCAGCAGCAAGUCUGUAGAAACGGGGGUUACUUCAGAGAAAACUGAGUGCAAGUCUUCUGAUUGUGCCUUGGUUCCCACCACUGAAAGUGCUGAUUCUAGACUUUCAGCUAAAUCAGUUAAAACGAAUUCUGAACUCCCCAGUAACGAGCACUGUGAAUGGUAUAAUUCAUCAAGAGCCACAUCUUCAACAGAGAGCUUGCAGCAGUUGUCACGGCAGAUAAAUGGUCUGCUAGCGGAGUCACAAGAAUACAUUAAUGGAGAAGACAUGGAAUCGUCUAGUAUCUCCGAACUUGAAAAAAGAAACCGUGAAUUGGCGUCAUAUGUUGAAACAGCGUCUCAAUCAAACGAACAACUGUCUAUACAGAUAGACCAAGUAAGAGACCAUGCAAAACAUUUACAAGACCAGCUUGACAAAGAGCGGGAGUCGUUUGAAGAAAAGCACAGGAAAGAAAUUGGUGCAUUGAAAGAACAGUUGCAGGUUCACAUACAGACAAUAGGCAUCUUGGUGGCUGAGAAAACUGAACUCCAGUCUCAGGUUGGACAAAGUCAGAGAAUUGCUGUGCAGAGAUUAGAUGAAAUAGAGGAACUAAGUGGAAGACUGAAAGCAUCUCGACAACGGGUGGCUGACCUGGAACGAAAUCUGUCGUCUUCUUCACAGUCUAGUCAACAAUUGGAGAAGACUGUUGCAGAGUCAAGCCGGGAAUAUGCCAAAGAUGUGGAUAGAUUGAAGAUGGAGCUUUACAGAGCCAAUAAAUCAAAAGAAGAGUUGCAGCUCCAAACACAAGAAUUGGGUGGAAAACUUUCAGCAAAGGUUGCAGAAUGUUCACAGUUAGAACAGUCAGUUGGAGAACUGUCAAAAAAACUUGAAAUGGCUGAACUUUAUGCUAAGCAGCUGUCUACUGAAAGUGAAUCCUCAGCAGAAUCCGUUCAAUUGAUUCAACAACUACAGCAAGAGAAAAACGAACUUUCAUCAAAAAUACAUCAGUAUGAGGAAUCAUUCCAAACUGUGACAUCUGAGCGGGACCAGUUGUCGGACCAGUAUAAGCAGUAUGUUGAGCAGUUGAAGCAUCAGUUGGAAGAGGUGUCAAACCAGGUAUCUAUACUGACACAUGAACGAGAAAAGGUGAUAAGUCAAAACCAUGAACUAGAAGGAUCUCUAUCUGAACUAAAGAAGAAAAUUGAAGAAUAUGAUCUUCAACAACCUACAACCGACAUUCCGUCUGAAAGCCUUGAAGAAAUGAACCGAUUAAAGACAGAGUACAGUGAGCUGCAGGCCAGACAUGAAGCUCAAAUCCGCGAUAACGCACAGCUCAGCAGAUUCUUACAGGAAAAAGAAGACCAUAUUUUGAGUUUAGAAUCAACUAUAUCUCAUCUUGGGGCAGAGGCAGGUGACAAAGCAUCUCUCUUGGAAAGUGUCCAGAGUGAUAAAACCGCACUCAGUCGAGCCUUGACACAGAAUAAAGAUCUGAAGAGACAGCUAGCAGAACUGCAAAAUGGAUUUGUUAAACUGAGCAACGACAACAUGGAGUUGUUGACGACGCUGCAGGGAAAGGAACACACUACAAUAGAACUCACUCAGAAACUUGCUCAGCAAGAGGACGAACUGAAAAACCAGAAACAGUUGAUGUUGAAAAAAGAUGCAGAAUUGUCACAGCUGUACAGCAUGACAGAGAAUGUGAAGAAAGAAGAAUUUCAACAGGAUCAGAUUCAAGAUAGACUACGACAUUAUGAAGCUCAGGCCCAGCUUGUGGACACGUUACAAAAUGAACUCACUUCUGCUCAGGAUAUGAUGGAUGCACUGACCACACAAAACCGUGAACUAAGGACCAUGUUAAUCAAGGCAACUGAGGUUAAGAUGGAUUCUGACAAUUCUGAUGAAACGGACAUGGGCAAAAACCGAGAUGAAGUCAUUGAUUCACUUUCAUCAACCAUCAGACAGCUGGAGAAUGAAAGAGUUCAACUCAUUGACAGUCUUCGAGAACAGCGAGAGCUGUCUGAUAGCUUUGGGGUCAAAGUCGCCGAUUUACAAGAAGAGAUCAUUAGGAAAACUCAGGAUAACCUUGACAACGACAUAAUAACAAGAGCUGACUACGAUCAGUUGAAGACGGCCAUGGAAAUGGUGCAGGAGAAAUACUCUAAGGUAAUGCGAGACAAGGCUGAUCUGUCGGACAAGGCAGACCAGCUGGAACACAUGGUGACGCAGCUUCAAGGAGAAACGGACACUAUAGGUGAAUACAUCUCACUGUAUCACCACCAGAGGGCACUGCUACAGCAGCGGGAAUCCCAGAAGAAUGAGUACAUUGUUCAUCUGGAUAAAGACCGACAGGAAAUGCAGCUUAAGCUUGGCCAGCUUCAGUCUCUGGUAAUGCAGCUGCUGGGAGAGCGCAAUAUGCUGAACAGCUACAACGAGGAGACACAGCGGUCACCCGAGUCGAAACACAUACCACACCACCAUAACCAUGCUAAUAAGGCCCACACACAUAAAUAUCCACAUCAGCUCGUUAAUGGUGGGGCAGAUAACAGCUACAAUGACUGGCCUGACUACACGAGUUCUGAGAGUGAUACGGAGAGUGAAGUGGAAACCAUUGUUGGUGGUGCUGAAGGAACGGCAGUUAUGCAAGUGGAUGGACACCGUGUUGACAGUGAUCGCGAAAGUGCUGCUGGCUACGGCGACCAACAAGAAACUGUUCCCAAUCAUACGGACAUGGGCAAUAAGCAUGAAUUAACAGCCGAGGGUGAACAAGUGGGCGAUCACGCUCAAAAUCACAAACAUGUACAUUAUCAUCACCAUGAAAACCAUGUGCCUCGGCCGCUCGUUUCUGAAGAAGACCAAACGGCUCACAGAAUUCUAAACCUUCUUUCAGAAAUAGGACACUCCAGUAUGGUUGAGAAGCCUCCAUUUAUGGACAGAAAUUUCCUUCCAUGUAAAUUCUGCACUGGACCAGUCUAUGUUGUUUAGCCAUGUGGAAUUGCUUAGGUGUGUUGGACCAAACCUGUUGGAAUAAUGCCAUGUUGGUACAUUGGAAUCAAAUGUAUGAAUGAUGUAAUGUGUAUAAAUGCAGUGUAACACUGCAGCAUAUGUUAAACAUUUUCAAGAGAAUUGUAAAUCCAAUAUUUUUAUUAUAGAAUAUUUCUAUUUUUAAAAAAUAUUUAUAAAGUGGAUGUACAUGUAUAAGAUCACUAGAAUAUGAAAGAGUUUUCAUAAAUUUCACCAAUAUAUUUAAGGUUCAAGGCAGUAAAACUAUUGGGGAAAAUAUAUUAUUUAUUGAGAAGUGAUAGGUGAUUUAUAUAAAAAUACAUUGGAAAUAAAAUUAUUAAAUAUAAUGAUUGAUCCAUCCUAGUGUCCACAAAAGUAUUUCUUCCUAAUUACUUUAGUUUGGUUUAACAUAGAAAAAAAAGUGCAAUUUUUUUUUUUUAAAGAACAUACUUUUUUUCUUUGAAUUCAAAUACAAUUUUAUCAGUACUUAAAAGAAUAGUCACUGUGAAAAAGCGUUUUGACAUUUUUGAUGAUUUUUUUUAAGAACAGAUAUUAAAAUUGUCUGUACCAUUUAUUGUGGUACCCUAAGGUUGCUAUUGAAAACUAUAGAAAUUAUUCCUUCUCAAGUUUUACUAAUAUUUGUUUUCUUCUUUUAUUAGGUUGAUAGAUUUUAUUUAAAUUUUCAAAAAAUACAACACCUUUUUCUCAUUUCCAAAACUUGUCCCUUUUUUUAAAUUCUCACCUCUAGAGCAAACCAAAGUUGAUUAAACAUGCUUUUUGGAGCAUGGGACAUAUUACAAUUUAAAUUAAUUACCAAAGUUACUACACCUUAUUUUUCCUUAUUUAGAUGAAUAAGUCAAGAAUACAAAAAAACUGUAUGACCAUACAGUUUGUGAUUUCAAAAGUAUGGUGUUUUCGUGUUUCAGUUCCAUAUUUUAUUGGACUGAUAUUUUCAACUUUUAAUUCACAAUUCACUUGGCAUUGCAAACCUCUAUGGGCAUUGCAAACCUCUAUGGGUUAGGGUUUUAACAGGUACAGGUGCAUUUAUGUUUACCUUUAUUGAGCACUUUCUUACAAUGCAUUAGUGAUUAUGUUUAAUCCAUGUGAAUUUCAUAUUGAUCAUAUUGGUGAAAUAUUAGGUCCAUUGUAAAAGAUUUGAGCUUUGCUAAGUGUGGGAUCGUAUAUAGUGGGGGAAAGACAACAUUUCACAGUCCAAUAAAUAGACAUUAUUAUGCGAGUUUGUGUGUUGUGCUGAUUUUACGAAACGAGUGUCAGGAUUUUUGUAUUGCCUGAGUGAGAGCGAGGGUAAUACUUGAAUUCUGACACAAGUUUCGUAAAAUCAGUACGACUCACUCACGAGUGUAAUCAUUUCUUUAUU